AUGACUCGGCUUCAAACUUCAACGAUACGUGUAAUACACGUUACCCCCAGAGAAGCCUCAAAUAUACUUCAACAUGUAAAAAGUGACGAAAAAAGUGUGGUACUUCUUAAAAUCAUUAAAGAACUAGAUAAGAAAAGGCUUGAAAUAUUUGAGGCAAAUAAACUUGAUAAAGAGAAUGCCGAUAAAUUGGUCAAAGCUGGUACACUUUCAGCAUCUUUAUAUAAACGAUUAGAUCUUGUCACUGGCGAUAAAUUUUCAACCAUGCUCCAGGGUAUUUCAGAUAUUGAAAAAUUGCCAGAUCCUACAGGAAAAAUCACUUAUGCUAGUAAACUUGAUGAAGGAUUAGAAUUAUAUCGAGUUACUUCUCCGGUUGGAGUUUUAUUGGUAAUUUUUGAGGCGAGACCUGAAGUGGUUGUUAAUAUCUCUGCAUUAGCUAUUAAAUCAGGUAAUGCGGUAAUAUUAAAAGGAGGAAAAGAAUCUAUUAAUACUUUGAAUGCAUUAACAAAUGCAAUUAGAACAGCAUUGGUGGAUACAGCAAUUCCACAAAAUACCAUUCAACUUGUAGAAACACGUGAAAAAAUCAAGGAAUUGCUAGAUUUAGAUAAAUAUAUAGAUUUGGUAAUUCCACGUGGAAGUAAUAAUUUGGUGAGAUUUGUACAGGAAAAUACCAGGAUUCCCGUGUUAGGACACGCUGAUGGAUUAUGCACUGUAUAUGUUGAUAAAGAUGCUGACGUAGAGAAGGCCAAGAGAAUUGUUCUUGAUUCAAAGGUCAAUUAUCCGGCCGCAUGUAAUUCUGCUGAAACAUUGUUAGUGCAUCAUUUUGAUACUGAAUUUUUAGAUUUAGAAAUUGCAGUAAAAGUAGUUGAUGAUUUAAAUUCAGCUAUACAACAUAUUAAUCUACAUGGUAGUAAACAUACUGAUUCAAUAGUUACAGAUAAUGAAGAGGCUGCCAAAAGAUUUAUGCAAGGUGUUGAUUCAGCAGGUGUAUAUUGGAAUGCCAGUACUCGAUUUGCUGACGGAUUUAGAUAUGGAUUUGGUGCCGAAGUGGGGGUUAGUACAAACAAAACUCACGCACGUGGCCCAGUUGGGUUAGAAGGAUUAGUUAUUUAUAAAUAUAAACUAUUCGGUACUGGGCAUAUAGUAAGUGAAUUUGGUGAAGGUGAAGAGAAUGAAGAGAAAGAAAUCACAGUUAAAGAAAAUACAGAAAAUGUGAAGAAAUUAUUUGAAAAGUUGGAAAGAGAAUUUGAGAUUGUUUAUAUGGAUGAAGAAAGUAAUGACAAAAAUGAUUCAAAACCACAAAUUGAAAACGAUCAAGUAUUUAGAUUAUUUUCAAAAGAGCCAACAAAAAUUUCUUUAGAAUCAAAGGACAUCAAAACAUAUAAUGAACAAGUUCAAAUUAUGAGAGAGAAUAUAGAAAAGAUUAGAAAUAGUCAAAGAGAUGAAGAAAAACGUCUCAAAGAAAUUCAAGCAUCAGUUAUAACAUCUGAAAAAAUAAUCAAUGAAUCAAAAAUUCCAUGGGAACGUAAUUUUGUAUUACACAAAAAAAAAGCUGAUUACUCAGUAAUCAGUCCAGGUUCAGGAUCAAUCUUAAACAAAGGAGAGACAGCAACCUGUAUUUGGACUGUUCUAUCUCCCACUGACCAAACUGUCGAUGUGAGAUUAGUACAUGGAGCUGCAUCUAAUUUACAACUUGUUAAAGUCUUAUGCCCAAAUGUUAAGCCACAAGUGGGUAAAUGUCAAUUCACUGUAGGAAAUUUGCCUUCAGGUUUUGAUUAUGCCAUUACUGUGGGAAAAGAUCCAAAUCAUUAUGGAUACUCUAGAAAACUUCCAGAGCAAAAAGGUUGCCCUAACUUUGGAGGUCAAAAUUGUCCCUCAUCAUUGCCUUGUUGUAGUGCCGCCGGAUAUUGUGGUGCCACACUUGAAUAUUGUGGAACUGGAUGUGUUGCAAAGUUUAGUUUUAACGGACAAUGCAGAAUGCCUGGUUCUACUAAAGUCAAAUCCAAAUCCAAACAAACUUCACCAACUCAAGGUAUUCAAGGUCUUUGUGAGAAUGAAGAGAAGGAAAUCACAGUUAAAGAAAAUGCAGAAAAUGUGAAGAGAUUAUUUGAAAAGUUGGAAAGAGAAUUUGAGAUUGUUUAUAUGGAUGAAGAAAGAAAUGGAAAAAAUGAUUCAAAACCACAAAAUGAAAACGAACAAGCAUCAUCUGAACAAAUAAUCAAUGAAUCAAAAAUUCCACGGGAACGUAAUUUUGUAUUACACAAAGUGAUAAACUCAUCCGUCAAGGAUUUUUUUUUGUCUGAUUACUCAGUAAUCAGUCCAGGUUCAGGAUCAAUCUUAAACAAAGGAGAGACAGCAACCUGUAUUUGGACUGUUCUAUCUCAAACCGACCAAACUGUCGACGUGAGAUUAGUACGUGGAGCUGCAUCUAAUUUACAACUUGUUAAAGUCUUAUGCCAAAAUGUUAAUCCACAAGCGGGUAAAUGUCAAUUCUCUGUAGGAAAUUUGCCUUCAGGUUUUGAUUAUGCUAUUACUGUGGGAAAAGAUCCAAAUCAUUAUGGAUACUCUAGUUUCUUCACUAUUAAAUCUGAAGGAAAACUUCCAGAAAAAAAAGGUUGCCCCAACUUUGUAAGUCAAAAUUGUCCCUCAUCAUUGCCUUGUUGUAGUGCCGCCGGAUAUUGUGGUGCCACGCCUGAACAUUGUGGAACUGGAUGUGUUCCAAAGUUUAGUUUUGGCGGAAAAUGUAGUGGUUCACCCAAUCCUCCACCAGCUAAACCAAAUAAACCAACCAAACCAACCAAACCAACCAAACCAACAAAUCAAGGUCUUUGUGGUACUUCCAAGUGUAAUAGUGCUGCUCCUUGCUGUAGCAAAUUUGGUCGUUGCGCUAAUAAAAGCUUUGGUGGUAAAUGCAAAGGCACUGGUUCUUCUAUUACUACAGUCAAAUCCAAAUCCAAACAAACUCCACCAACUCAAGGUACCCAAGGUCUUUGUGGUUCUUCCAAGUGUACUGCUAACUUGCCUUGCUGUAGCGAAUUUGGCUAUUGUGAUUCUCAAAAUACUACAGAAUCUAAACAAUAUUUUAGCGAAGUCAAUAAGGUUCAUCUCAUUGGUGAAUAUGACUUGCCUAGUACUACUUCUACGACGCUUAAUCAUAUGCAGACAGUUGGUAUGGCCGUUGAACCAUUCCUCCCUUUAUUCACUACUGUUACGAAUAUUGUGGAAAGUUUGAAUCAAAUUCGCGCGAAUGCAAUUUAUAAUGAAAGAAUAUGUAAUGCUUUACUUGAUCGUGUUGAGAUUGUUCAACAUGCUGUUAAAUCUUUACAACGGAAACAGCAAGAAAACGAAGAAAAUUUCCGUGAACAAAGUUAUUACAAUGCAUGGGUUAGGCUUAUUAAUGUCUUGACGAGUAUUAAAAAAUUUGCCAAGGAUGUAACACAGCAAGGAGUAUUACAAAAAUAUUCGAAGGCUAAUGUUCUUAAGGAAGCUUUUGAUAGAAAUAUUAAAGAAUUCGAAUCAGUCUGUUUUGAUUUACAAUUUACGAUUGCGUUGUAUUCGGAAGAGCAAAGAGCAAUCGAGAACAACCAAGUUUCAGAAGAUAUUAAUAAUCUAGGAAAGGCGCCCAAUAUUGAAUAUUCUGAACUUAAAGAUCCAAAUGCUAGUAGGGAAAACAUAAGAGGAGCACAAAAAACUAUUAUAAGAAAAGUCUACCGUGGAUUGGAUGUCGCUUGCAAAAAAUUUAAAUCGGAGACUUUAGAUACACUCAAAACCGAAUUAACAAUACUGAAUUUACUAGGAAAAUGUCCAAAAAUUAUUACCUUUUAUGGUCUUUCGGAAGUGGACAAAACUAAAGUGAUGGUCUUCGAAUGGGCAUCAAUUGGAAACCUAAAAGAAUUUUAUUCAAAUUCAAAUAAUAAAAUUUCAUGGACUGCAAAAUUAUCAUUUGUCCGAGAUAUAUUUUGUGGUCUUUACUUUAUGCAUGAAAGUGGAGUUCUUCACCAUGAUGUCCAGUGUGCAAAUAUCUUGAUUACAAAUUUUAAAAUGUCGCGCGAUGUUCGAGGGGAUACUACGUCAUGUGACAAUGUGAGUGAUUAUGUUCGUUGGUUGGCACCUGAAAAAAUGCGUAAUGAAAGGUAUACCCCAAAAUGUGAAAUGUUUAGUUUUGGAAUGUUAGUUUGGGAACUUAGUUAUCAAAAAGUUCCAUAUGCGAACAUGAAAGUAAAGGAAAUCCAAACUCACGUUAAAAACAAGAAAAGGGAAACUUUGGAAAUACUAUCACAUCCAAAUCCGAUUGCAGUUGGAUUUGCGGACCUUAUUAGGAGAGCAUGGGAAGACAAUCCAGCAUUACGUCCAUCAGAUGUUCAAGUUAAAUCUACAAUCGAAACUUUAUGUGAAAGAUAUUUGAAUGGAAAUUCACCAUUAAUUACUCCAAAUGUAAACUCUGAAGUUGAUAUACCGAAUUUAGAAUUGAAUCAAUCAAGCCAUCAAGCCUCCGAAUCCAGUAACUAUGAUUUUGAUGUCAAGACUACUCCAAAUAAAGAAGAUAUUCCAAUGAUUAACAUUAUAAAACCAUUCGAAGACGGAAUCGCUGCACAUAAACAGCGUAAUUACAAAGAAGCUUGGGAAUGCUUCGAUGUACAUUCAGAGUUAGGUCUUAGUACUGCAAAAUAUUGGAAAGGAUAUUAUCUUCAUUCUGGUAAUUAUGUAGAGAAAAAUCUAGAAGAAGCUUUGAAAUGGUUUAAGAUGGCAGCAGAUGAUGGUGUUAUAGAUGCACAACUUCGUUAUGCAUUCGGGUUAAUUGAAAUUAACAAAGAUAGUUCUAAAAACGAUGAAAUAAUACGAUACAUGAAACUAGCGGCAGAUGCUGAAAAUGAAAGCGCUAUGUUUCAUCUUGGGGAUAUUUAUUAUAAUGGAAAAUUGGGGGUGAAAGAAGAUAAAGAUAAGGGUCUUAACCUAAUCAAAUUAGCAGCUUAUAAGAAUCAACAAGAUGCAAUUAAAUUUAUUAGUAAUAAUAAAAAAUAG